AUGACAAAUCUAUCGAGAAGUCAAUUUCAAGACCAUCCGUUUCACUUGGUAUCACCUUCACCCUGACCUAUCUAUACUAGUAUAAGUUUAUUAACAUUAACUCUAAAUGCAGCACUAUCUAUGCAUAAUUUUUUAAAUGCCUAUGUGAUAUUUUAUGUAGGGCUUUUUUUACUAAUUAGCUCUAUGACUUUAUGAUUUAGAGAUAUAAUAACUGAGGGUACAUUUUUAGGAAACCACACAUUAGCGGUGCAAAAAGGACUAAAUUUAGGUGUUAUUCUUUUUAUAGUGUCUGAAGGAUUAUUCUUUGUAGCAAUAUUCUGAGCAUUCUUCCAUAGCUCACUAACACCUACAGUUGAAUUAGGAGCACAAUGACCACCUAUGGGUAUAGACCCAAUAAAUCCUUUUGAGUUACCAUUACUUAAUACCGUAAUAUUAUUAUCUAGUGGGGCUACAAUUACUUAUAGCCAUCAUGCUUUAAUACAAGGAGACAGAGGAGGAGCUUUAUACGGUGCGAUUGCUACUGUAUUAUUAGCUUUAGUUUUCACAGCUUUCCAAGGUGUAGAGUAUUCAGUUUCAUCAUUUACUAUAAGUGACGGAGCGUUUGGUACUUGUUUUUACUUCGCUACAGGUUUUCAUGGAUUCCAUGUUAUAAUUGGUACACUAUUUUUGGGAGUCGGAUUAUGAAGAAUAUAUGCUUAUCAUUUAACUGACAACCAUCAUUUAGGUUUUGAGGGCGGUAUUCUUUAUUGACAUUUCGUUGAUGUAGUUUGACUUUUCUUAUAUGUAUCAAUAUAUUACUGAGGUUCUUAA